UAUGAAAAAAAGAAAAGAAAAAAGAAAUGAAGUUGGCAUAUAUUUUGUGAUUAUGGAGUAUGAUUUAGUGCGCAGACGCGUUCAUAAGRAUUUCAUUGGUCAUUGCCUCUUCACAGGAAGCAGUACCCAGCGAGACUCAACACUCGUGUGUUGAUUGUCUUGUAAAUAUUCCUUCUCUCUGUCUCGUUGAACUGUAUCACGAUACACUCGUUUGCUUGAUCCUUUUUUGCCUUCUUAAGCGAUAAAUCUGCGUUUUUAUUCUUGUAGCGACCCUUUUUUGCCAGGGUCGCAAUGCUUUGAUGGCCGAUAGUUCUACGGAAGGGGAACAAGGGGGGACAGYCAAUCGAUCAAAAAGUAAAGUAGCAGUAAAAAGGAAAUCACAAACCAAUUUACCAGGAGAGUACAAAGUGGAGGAAAAAAARCCUAAGAAAUCCUCUUCCAGCUCUUCUGCUGGAACAUCAAGCAGUCCACCAACUUCACAUUAUAAUUUGAGGCCAAGGGUUUGCUCAUCAACUAAUUUAACAAGUGCUACCUCUUCUCAAAGUACAUCAAGAAUCCAAAGUUCAAAGACAGCAUUUUCUAAGAAGUCAAUCCAGAGUUCAUCAUUUGUGGAAAAAGGAGGUGAUAAAGGAGCUGAAAAACAAUCCAACAGGACAGCAAAAAAGUAUUAUCGUGAUCCCCAACCUUAUAGAGUACCAAUAAACUCAUCAUACCAGAACCAUCCCCAUCUUAAUACAUCUGCAUCAGAUUCAAGUGUUACUUCAAAAUCAAAAAUACCCAAAGCAGAAUCUUCACAUAAGUCUGCAUCUGAGUCAAGGCUUUCCAGUAAACUUAAUUUCCUGAGAGCCUCUCUUAGCGCAGGAGCUCAUAGAGGCAGAGAUCUGGGUAAUAAUUCAAGUUCGGAGGGCUUAAGAAGCUCUCACUCAUCCCAAGCACAACGCAGUGGUGACCAGCCAAAGCCUGACGGCUUUAGGCGGUCCCAACGAACCUCUGAGGCAACGGGUUCUUGUGCAAGUAACAGCAGUCGGCGUGGCUCACAGACAAAGAAAAGGACCUGGACACGCCGGCAGCAGCCUAGUAUGUCAACAGAAGAUGGGUCAGAACAAGGAGCAUCCUCAGGUCAGCAAAAUGCUCAUAAUGAUGGCCAGUCUACAAGCAGUGCAUCAGACAGGAAUGAUAAUUCCCAAUCAGAUGAUAAUGAAUUAAAAGACAGUGACAUGUCAAGAUUACAAAGUAAGUGAGUUGGUACAAAUAAUUGUUGUCAAUCCCAUGAAAUUCAUAAUACCAUUCUAGCUUCCUAAAAAGUCAUUAUUU